AUGGCGGCGGUGGAAAAGGAGGAUCCGGAGCAGGUUCGCGCUGCGCAGAUUCUCAUCAACCUCCGGUACAGGAAGCUCCGGAGGUGGCCGGAGUGGGUCCCGAUGCAGCCGGGUGAGGCCUCCUCUUCGCCGCCCGCGACUGUGGCGGCGGCGAAGGUGAUGCCGCCGUCGGGUGAAGCCUCUUCGGCCGGGACUGUGGCGGCGGGGCUACCGCUCCGGAGGCGGCCGGAGCGGGUCUCGAUGCAGUCGGGUGAGGCCUCUUUCUCGUUGGCCGGGACUGUGGCGGCGGGGGUGCCAGAGCGGUGGCCAAAGGCUAAGAGAUCGGGGUCGCGUGGCGAGACGUCCAAGAAGCUGCCGGAGCAGGGCCAUGCCGCCGCCGCCCCUGCCAAGGGAUCCGGCGCGCCGCGGUCCAGCGAGCAGGAAAGGUGCGCCGAGAUGCCAGCGGCAUCGGCGCAGCGGUGGCCGGUGGUGGCGGCGCUCUGCUACGCCGCAGUGGCCGGGUCCGGCCCAUCGACGACUAGCGCCGCGCCUGCGAAGGAGCCCAUGAAGACGCCGAGCCCAAAUACCCCGCUGGACCUGGACUACGGCGCCGGAGGGUCCGGCGCGCCGUCGAGCGCGGACGACGCGGCGCCGGCGCGGCCGCAGGCUAAGCGGAAGGGCACCGGCGCCGGGGGAUCUGUCGGCGGCGAUGACGACGAGGGGUGCAGCUCGCCGGCGAAGCGUGGGCCGGUGGCUCAAGAGGAGAAGCCGAUGCCGAUCUCGGUUGAACCAAAUGUGCAAAGCGAAACACGUGCGUCCAGCGGCAAGGGCGCGCCACUCCCGUUCCCGUUCGACCUCAACCUGCUUCCGUGGCCACUGGACGAGGACACCACGGGCGUGUUUUGA